UAGCCCAUCCCACGUUUUACCCCUUCCCUCUUCUCUGCACCCUUCUCUCAACCCUCACCGCGGCCCCGGCCGCCGCCAUCCCGCCGGACGUGCUCGCCCCCAGCACGGCCUCGUUGCCCUCUAAGCCGACGAUCGCCGCCCGUUCGCCGUCGGCCUCCACCUCGGCCCCGUCGACUCUCCUGGCCGCCGCUCAAGUAUAGAAUGGUUGCACUCAAAGGAGCAGAACUUUUGCUUAAUGGUGAAACAAUGAUGGAUGAUGAUGUGGAAGAUGUUGAUGAUGAAGAAUCAGAAUCAGAGUCUGAAUCUGAACCUGAAGAAGUGGCAUUAGCUGAACCUGCAAAGAAUGCUGUGUACAACAAGGAAGGCCUUCUUGAGAAGCUUAAUGAUAUAUCCUGGCCGGAAAACGUUGAAUGGAUUCACAAACUAACUGUUGAUCAUGAUCCGGAGAAUGAAAUCGAUGUGAAUGACGACCUGGCACGUGAGCUAGCAUUUUACACCCAGGCAUUGGAUGGAACCCGCCAAGCUUUUGAGAAAUUACAGUCUAUGGGGAUCCCUUUUCUUAGGCCUCCAGAUUACUAUGCUGAGAUGGUGAAGUCAGAUGGUCACAUGUUAAAGGUCAAAGGCAAGCUAUUAGUAGAGAAGAAGAAGAUUGAGGAGGCUGAGGAGAGGAAGAAGGCACGGGAGUCCAAAAAGAUAGCAAAAGAGGUCCAGGCCCAGAAGACAAAGGAGAGGGCCAAGCGCAAGAAAGAGGAGAUUGAGUCAGUUAAAAAAUGGAGGAAACAGAGGCAGCAAAGUGGGUUUGCUAGAGGAAAGGAUGAUGAAAUGGAUUUGGCUUUUGAUGCUGAAAUGGACUUUGAGAGGACAAAGAAAAAGAGGCCUGGGGUGGCUCCUGGUGAUAGGUCUGGAGGGUUUGCAAGAAAAAGAGGCAAUGAAAAGGGUAGGAAGAAAAGGGACUCUAGAGAUUCCAAGUUUGGUCAUGGCGGUAGGAAAGGCAUGAAAAAACAGAAUACUGCUGAGACAACAAAUGACUUCAGAGGCUUCAACAAGGGUGAUAUGUUCAAAAAUAAGAAAAGGAAAGGGUGAUGCAGAAAGAGGAUCGUGCUUAAUUUUGCAAUUAAAAUCGAAACAGGAUAUGUGUGUCUGGAAACCUGAGAGCCACUGUAUUGGUGAUAUCUACUUUUUAAAUUUGUCUUGCUUUUAUCAGCUUGUACUCGAACUUAAAAGCACUCAGUAUCUGGGGGCUGCGCAUUAUUAACGCAUGAAGCAUUCUAGAUCUUAAACUAGCAUGAAGGGUCCGGUUAAUAUGAGAUACAAACAUUUAUUGAUAA